UCUCUCUCUCCUUAGUGCUGAAAUGGGUUCUACAGAUAACGCAAUUUCUUAUGCCUCUGCAUUAGUGUUAGCCCUGUUUCUUCUUCCUCUUCUUCAUGAAGCAGAAGGCUGUGAUAUGUUCACGGGACGAUGGGUGGAGGACGCUUCCUACCCACUCUACGAUCCCUCCACAUGUCCUUUCAUACGACGUGAGUUCGCUUGCAAGAGAAAUGGACGGCCGGAUCUUAGUUACCCUACCUUCAGAUGGCAACCUAAGGGAUGCAAAUUAGCAAGGUUCAAUGGAGUGAAGUUUUUGGAGAAAAACAAAGGGAAGAAGAUAAUGUUUGUUGGUGAUUCUCUUAGCCUAAAUCAAUGGCAAUCUUUGACAUGUAUGCUUCACUCUUCUGUUCCCAAUUCUCCCUAUAACAUAACCACACAAGGCUCUAUCACAACCUUCAGGUUCCAGGAGUAUGGAGUGGAGUUGAAGCUGGAUAGGAAUGUGUAUCUGGUAGAUAUAGUGAGGGAGAAGAUUGGGAGAGUGUUGAAGCUUGAUUCGAUCAAUGACGGACAUAAUUGGUCAGAAAUGGAUACAUUGAUUUUCAAUACUUGGCAUUGGUGGAACCGUAGAGGACCUUCACAACCAUGGGAUUAUAUCCAAGUAGGAAGUAAAGUUACAAAGGACAUGGACCGUGUGGCAGCAUUCGAAACUGCACUAGGGACUUGGGGCAAAUGGGUUGAUACUGUUGUAGAUACUCAGAAAACUAAAGUCUUCUUUCAAGGAAUUUCACCAUCUCAUUACAAAGGGGCUUUAUGGGGUGAACCAAGGGCAAAGAGUUGCGCAAAACAGAAGGAACCACUUUUGGGGACAAGUUAUCCAGGAGGAUUGCCAGCUGAAGUUGGAGUUUUGAAGAGAGCACUUCGGAAAAUAUCGAAACCGGUGACUUUGCUAGACAUUACAAUGCUUUCAUUGCUUCGCAAAGAUGGUCAUCCUUCGAUAUACGGUCUAGGAGGCCGAACCGGCAAUGACUGCAGCCAUUGGUGUCUCUCUGGGGUACCGGAUACUUGGAAUGAGAUUCUUUAUAACUAUAUGGCGUAGUAAUUAAUAAACAUUUUAAACAUAGACAGAAAAAAAAAU